UGUUGGUUUCGGGUAGACGGGCCGUACCAUCACGCCGAGGCGGCGGGGGGGGCAAGGUGGUUCCUCCCGGGGGCGGUGCGCGGCCGGCUGGAGCGCGGCUGCCGCUACCCAGGCGGGGGGCCAAGGAGCGGGGCCCCGGCGGCAGGGAUGGAGAAGAAGAAAAUUCUGAUGAAAUCCAAGGUUGCUGCUCCUAACCUCCUGAGGGCCCUGCAUUCCCUGUACCGGUCGGGUCACCUCUGCGAUGUGACAAUUCACACGCAGCAUCUGGGAACUCAGGAGGUGUUUCUGGUUCACAAAGCUGUCUUGGCAGCUUCCAGCAAUUAUUUCAAAGGACUUUUCCUGCGUGAUGAGAUGCUGGACACCAAGAAUUGCACGGUGACUCUACAAGACAUUUGCAUGGAAGAGUUUGCCUCUUUUCUGGAGUUCGUGUACACCGCAGAAGUAGAGAUUGAAGUGGAAAAACUGCAUCGAAUGAAGGAAAUAGCAGAAAGACUUGAGUGCAAGGAUUUGCUUGACGUUUGUGAAGAAGUGAGAGCAGAGGGCAAGAAGGGCUUAGAUAUGAGCCUCCAUCUGCAAGGUUGGCCAUGCGAAAAUGGAUGGAGCACAGCGGCCUCACAUCCAGCAGGAAGAGGACCGCAGAGGGAGCAGCUCUUCCCAAGUGAUGGCAGGACCCAUACAGGGGAAACUCUGGGACAGGCCAAAACAUAAAAAGCUGCUGGCUGGUUACGAGCUCAUUGAAGGCCAACCAGCAAGUCUGGAGCAGCAGGGCACUGCCUUUCCAGAACCAAAAUCCAGGGCAGCAAAGCCACCGAAAUGUAACAAGACAGACGCCAGAAGCAGCCUCAGCACGGGUGUCACUAGUCCCGAACACAACAGUCAUUCUCCUGCAACUCAGACCGAGUCAAAGGAAGCCUGCGUAGUGAUUAGCAAUACGCUGCCCGAGCAGUGGGAAGAUGAGAACGGUUUAACUUCCAAACCUAGCAGUAAAACAGAACGUAGGAAAUCACCGCGGCGCGUGGCCAAAGUCUUGCCACAGAUGGCAUGCGAGAAGUGCAACGCAUCGUUCUGCGUUACCGAGCAGUACCGCUCACACAUGGAGCUCCAGCACGGCGUGCAUCUGGCUGUCAAGCACAGCUGCAGCGUGUGCCAGCAGCUCUUCUCCAGCCACCAAAACCUCAGGCAGCAUCACCUCACCAUUCACGGUGAGGAGCGGGGCUUUUCCUGCCUCUUAUGUGCCAAGAGGUUUAAGCGCCAGAAGGGCAUCAGUGACCAUGUCCGGAGGGUACACGAGAAGAAGCAGGAGCCGCAGGCGUGCCCGUACUGCGACAAGGUCAUCAGCUCCAAGUGUGGCCUGACGGUCCACAUCCGAACGCACACGGGGGAGAAGCCGUACAAAUGUGAGCGCUGCCCUGCCAGCUUUGCUCAGAGGUCUGCUUACAACACCCAUGUCAGAAAAAUCCAUGAAUCUGGGCAAGAGAGGAAACUUUUGCCGGUCUGCUGGAUGGUAGCUCCACCUGCACGCAGACCAAGUGCAGCGGGCGGCAGCGAAGACCCUGAGAGGGGGACGUGGAAUGGGGCCUCAGAGGCUGAACUACAGAAGUGUGCUGAGCUCAGAGGGGCUGCAAGCCAUGAGGAGGAACCUGCUCCCAAGGCAGACGGUAGCAAUGAGCAAGAACAGAAGCAGAAGUAUAAGGAAGCUGGAGCAAGAAGGGAAAAACUGAGUGAAGAAGGGGAUGAAGCUGCAGGUGAAAUGAGUGUGAAGGGAGAGGAGGAGGUAGGUUAUGAAGCAGGGUAUUCAGAAGCUGAAGAUGGUAAUGAGGAUGCCUGUACUGAGGGUGAUGGGGGUGAAGAACGCUCUAAUGAGAAGAAUGCUGAAGAAUGUGAAUCAGACAAAGACUUUAAAAUGAAGAAGGUAAAUAAAAAUGGGGUGAAUAAGAAAUCUGCCUAUGUAAUAACAUGUGAUAAGUGUAACGAGCAGUUCAGUUUCCCGGAAAAAAUAUGUGGAUCACUGCAGAGAUGUCCAUCAGUGCUUGCCCGGCAAAGUCUAUCAGUGUGAUGUCUGCAGCAAGUCGUUUGCUAGCUACAACAGCUGGAAGGAGCAUCGAGCUUGUGUCCACAGUGAAGAAAGGCAGU